GCAGAUUAGCAAAUGAGAGAUGAGAUGUCGGUAAAAAAAACAAUAUUAUAAGAACAUACGCCACAAGUUCUGGAUAAAGUUCCCUACUUUUGGCUCGUUGUGAUUAUUAUUAUAUUUGACAAUUAUUAUUACAUUCAUACUACUACUCUCUCAUGGGUAAUGUUUUCGUCUUUCGUUAGAUCUCAAAUCUUACCCAAAAUAGGAAGAAAGAAGAUCCCAAGUCACUAAAAAUUAAACCUUUGUCAGUCUUUUGAUUCCAGAUCUUUUUCGCCGAGAGAGAGAUAUCUACCACUACUCUGAUUUCAAGUUCUGUAGCUAACAUCUGGGGGAGCUUGAGGUUAAAGAGUGGAACUUUAGCUGAUUCGGUAUUGAUUCAGAAAGAGUAACUAUGACGACGGACAAAAAGACCAUAGUUUGGUUUAGAAGAGACCUAAGGAUUGAGGAUAAUCCUGCAUUAGCAGCAGCUGCUCACGAAGGAUCUGUUUUUCCUGUCUUUAUUUGGUGUCCUGAAGAAGAAGGACAGUUUUAUCCUGGAAGAGCUUCGAGAUGGUGGAUGAAACAAUCACUUGCUCACUUAUCUCAAUCCUUGAAGGCUCUUGGCUCUGACCUCACUUUAAUCAAAACGCAUAACACCGUUUCUGCCAUCUUGGAUUGUAUCCGCGUUACCGGUGCUACAAAAGUCGUUUUUAACCAUCUCUACGAUCCUGUUUCGUUAGUUCGGGACCAUACCGUAAAGGAGAAGCUGGUGGAACGUGGGAUCUCUGUGCAAAGCUACAAUGGAGAUCUGUUGUAUGAGCCGUGGGAGAUAUACUGCGAUAAGGGCAAACCUUUUACGAGUUUCAGUUCGUACUGGAAGAAAUGCUUAGAUAUGCCGAUUGAGUCAGUUAUGCUUCCUCCUCCUUGGCGGUUGAUACCAUUAACUGCUGGUAAGACCUUAAAAGAGUAUUAUGUAAAAGCUAAAACGUUUUUGAUUUCUUCAGGAGAAGUAGUAAAAGUUUAUGUCUUUUCUUUGUUAGCGGCUGAAGCGGUUUGGGCAUGUUCAAUCGAAGAACUAGGCUUAGAGAAUGAGGCUGAAAAGCCGAGCAAUGCGUUGUUAACAAGAGCUUGGUCUCCAGGAUGGAGCAAUGCUGAUAAGAUACUAAAUGAGUUCAUCGAGAAGCAGUUGAUGAGUUACGCAAAGAGCAGCAAGAAAGUUGUUGGGAAUUCAACUUCACUUCUUUCUCCAUAUCUCCAUUUUGGGGAAAUAAGCGUCAGGCAUGUCUUCCAGUGUGCCCGGAUGAAACAUAUUAUAUGGGCAAGAGAUAAGAACAGUGAAGGAGAAGAAAGUGCAGAUCUUUUUCUUAGAGGGAUCGGUCUAAGAGAGUAUUCUCGUUAUAUAUGUUUCAACUUCCCGUUUACUCACGAGCAAUCAUUGUUGAGUCACCUUCGGUUUUUCCCUUGGGAUGCUGAUGUUGAUAAGUUCAAGGCCUGGAGACAAGGCAGGACCGGUUAUCCUUUGGUAGAUGCUGGAAUGAGAGAGCUUUGGGCUACCGGAUGGAUGCAUAACAGAAUAAGAGUGAUUGUUUCAAGCUUUGCUGUGAAGUUUCUUCUCCUUCCAUGGAAAUGGGGAAUGAAGUAUUUCUGGGAUACACUUUUGGAUGCUGAUUUGGAAUGUGACAUCCUUGGCUGGCAGUAUAUCUCUGGGAGCAUACCUGAUGGCCAUGAGCUUGAUCGCUUGGACAACCCCGCGUUACAAGGCGCCAAAUAUGACCCGGAAGGUGAGUACAUAAGGCAAUGGCUUCCCGAGCUAGCGAGAUUGCCAACUGAAUGGAUCCAUCAUCCAUGGGACGCUCCUUUAACGGUACUCAAAGCUUCUGGAGUGGAACUCGGGACAAACUAUGCAAAACCCAUUGUAGACAUCGACACAGCUCGUGAAUUACUCGCUAAAGCCAUAUCAAGAACCCGUGAAGCACAGAUAAUGAUAGGGGCAGCACCCGAUGAGAUUGUAGCAGACAGCUUUGAGGCCUUAGGGGCUAAUACCAUUAAAGAACCUGGACUUUGCCCGUCUGUGUCUUCUAAUGACCAACAAGUACCUUCGGCUGUUCGUUACAACGGGUCAAAGAGAGGGAAACCUGAGGAAGAAGAAGAAGAGAGAGACAUGAAGAAAUCUAGAGGAUUUGACGAAAGGGAAUUGUUUUCGACUGCUGAGUCUUCUUCUUCUUCGAGUGUGUUCUUCGUUUCUCAUUCUUGCUCGUUGGCAUCAGAUGGGAAGAAUUUGGAAGGUAUUCAAGAUUCUUCUGAUCAGAUUGCAACAAGUUUGGGGAAAAAUGGUUGCAAAUGAUCAGAAUAAGCUUUAUUAUAUAUAAAGCCUAACAUGUAGGUGUGUGAAUGUGUUUUUAACUCUGUCUUCCUUUUGAUGAUACUCAGAAGGAAAUGAUUGCAUAAAACAUAUAUAACGCUAAUAAUUACGGUUUUAUGUCAAUUGGCUAUGAAUAAACAUUUACAAUAUCUUUGUUUA